AAGCAUCCGGAAGCUCUGUUGCGUGUUGCAAUCUUUUUCUUCUUUUUUUCCCCUUUUUUUUUGGUGGGAAGCAGCGGCGGGGCCAGGGGGAAUCGCAACUUCGCAAGCUUCUAGCUGGGCCGCUGCACGACAUGUUUGCUCCGCGCUGAGCGUGGAGGAGGCGAUAAAUCCGGACCCGUCUUCACCCAGAAGAGGCUGGUGGCUCCGAUUUCGGUGGGGCGGAGAUUCCGUUCUGGGUUUCCGAACAGCCGUGUUGCUGUUUCUCAAGACUUAAAAAAAACCCCACUGCUCAACAAACCCCAGCAUGGAUUCGACUCCCAUUGUGUCCUCCUUUAGUAAUCAAGUGACUCCUUCUAUGCUAAAGCCAAUGAAGAAUUUUUAUUUGGGUGAGCCGCUAGCGCUGGGGAUCACACAGAUUCUUAUAGGAAUUAUUGGAAUUGUCUUUGCGAUUAUGAUAGACAUAGCAAUUCCAGAUGCAUACCCAUCUGAAUACUUGGCGCUGAAGACACAAUAUUGGACUGGAAUCUUGUACAUAAUUUCAGGAUCUGUGUCUGUGAAAGCCUCCAAGACACCCAAGAUGCCAUGGGUGAAAGGCAUGCUGGGAAUGAAUGUGGUGAGCACCGUGGCGGCUGCUGUUGGGAUCGUGAUCCUCUCUCUUUCAUUUGCCAUGUAUUAUGGACCAGAGGGGUCAAUCAUAACUGCAAUAGAGACCAUCCUCUUCAUUUUCACCAUCGUAGAGUUCGGCAUCUCCAUCUCCACCGCUGCGUUUGGCUGCAAGACUGUUUGUCGGGAUACCUAUGCUGAAACGAUUGUGGUGGUUUAUCAGAACAUGACUCCGGACAAUGCUGUUAGCCAGCCAGCUGCUUGCAAGGAUCCUGAGACCGCCUGAAUUGCUGUUCCUUUAAGCUCCCUCUCCUGGACUGUCAUUAAAGAAAUAUUUAUCUAAUAAUAAUAAUAAUAAUAAUAAUAAUAAUAAUAAUAAUAAUAAUAAUAGAAGUUAACUAAGCAAGAGCACCUGAGAGUAAUGAAAACAGAAUGAAAAAAAGAGAGGCUGCAGACAAUAUUUGGGUGGACGAUAGGAAUACAAAUCUCAGAAUUUCACUUGAUAUUUUACCACCAUAUACGAAUAUACAAAAGAUGGGAAAUACUUCACAUAUAUAAGUAUAUUAUGCCAUGUUCAAAGUUCUUGCCUUAUGUUUUCAUAUGACUUAGUAUGGUUCUAAAAUAUAAGGAAGGGCUCCAAGUGCAACAGAAUCUAGAGAAUUCCUGUUGUUUCAUCCACCAUCCCAUAUUUGUUUUAAUCAACGGGGAUCUUCUGAAUGAUGUGUCUUCUGAUGAAAGGAAAGG